AUGGCUCGAAAACCAUCAAUGGUGGACUUUGGUAACGAACUGACACCAACUCAAGUGAAAGAUCGUCCGAAGGUGUCCUGGGAAGCAGAUUCGAACAGCUUGUACACUCUUGUUAUGACAGGUCUUCAUCGUUACGUCUUCCUAGUUUACAAACAACCAGGAAAGAUUUCGGAUCCUGCACAUGGACAUCUGACGAACAGAUCGGGAGCUAAGCGUGGUGGCUUCAAAAUUGCGAACUUCGCAAAAAAGCAUAACUUGGGAAAUCCAAUUGCCGGCAAUUUUUAUCAGGUAGAAUUUGUCAGCCUAGAACUUGUUCAUUCUAUCUAUUGA